UUGUCGUCGGCACAUGAAACACAGACUCUGGGUUUUUCCUAAACUUGAGCUAGCUAGGUCCCUAACGCUAGCGCGCUAAGUGCGUAGGCAGGAUGAGAUAGCAGCACUACAGCCACUACAGCCAUACUGCAUAGCUUUUGAAAGAAUUCAGAAUUAACACUGAAGUAGAAUAGGGGUGUUAUUAUGUUGGUGUGUUUUUUUUUCUGUAAAGUGCAAUUAAGAACAUUUUCUAGCUAGCUCGUAGUUCAGUUUUCUCUAGCCGACACAUUUGUCGAGAUUAGCUCGUUGGCUACACAGCACAAAGUCGCGCGCAGUUCCAGUCAACAGGUUACUUCCGUAUGCUUGAGAACACACGACUGAUGCAGACCCAUGAGGCUGUGGUCGACUUAGUCAACGGAAGACCUACACAUUAUGAUUUUUUACUUAAUGCAUUGGGAUACGGGUGUGGACUCGGUAUAGAUUACCUUGAUUAUGAGGAUUUGACUGACGACGAUGACGACGAUGAAGGAUAUGGCAGGCAAAACAAUAGAUAUUGUGGCUUUGCUCAAAACUUUCUAGAUAAAGGGCUUUCCAAACAGCUGCCUGCAAUAACACAUUAUAAACCAGUCAAGUGCGUCACACCCGAGGAGGCUGCAAAAAAUGCUAAAGAACUUGUAGCUGAAGAGGAAAAACUUAAGAAAAAAGCAGAAAAGAAAAAACAGAAGAAAAUGAGGCAGCGAGAGAGACGUCGCCUAGAAAAAUUAGAAAAGGAAAAUGGGAAUAAACAUGAUGCCAGACAGGUUGAUGAUGAUGAUGAUGCUGUUCCAGUUAAAUCUAAGCCUACAGGAAGAGAGUGUGAAAAUAAGAAAAAAACGAGUAACAGUGUACCUCCUGACCCUGGCCCACAGUACAACUCAGUAGCCACAGAGAGCAGUGACAGUUGUGAUGAUGAUGAAGAUGAUGAUAAAGAGAGCUUAGUCGAUGAACUAGAGCUUGAUAUGAGCAGCUGCUUUGUGACCAACGCCGCAGCCAUCGCAAAACGCAAACUUGAGCAGAAACCUAAAUCUGACAGGAAAGACAAAAAAGCUGAAAACUUCAAGAAGCAUGACACAGCACAAAAAAGUACAGCAGAGCCCCAGAUUAAGAAUGUUAAUGAAAAGGAGGCAUCAGAGGAACCAGUAAAGGACAAUGUUACAACGAGCAGAGAGCUGGGAGUGCUAGGUAAUAAAUAUGCUCAAACAGGAAAUUUGGAUAUGGCUGUGAAGUAUUUUACUGAAGCUAUAAAGCACAAUCCUCAAGAAGUUAAGUUGUUUGGAAAUCGCUCCUUCUGUUAUGAGAAAAUGCAACAAUAUGAGAAGGCUUUAAUAGAUGCUGAUAUUGCUCUUUCUCUGAACCCAACAUGGAUUAAAGGACUGUACAGAAAAGGGAAAGCAUUAGUUGGGCUUAAGAGAUACUAUGAGGCUCGUUUGACCUAUAAGGAAGUUUUAAAGCUUGACAGCUCCUGUACUGAUGCUGCUCAAGAGCUAAUGAUGGUACAAAUAAUGCAGUUAAUGGAUAUGGGAUACACUAGAGAGCAAAGUUCAAAUGCUCUGAUCAUACAUGGAACAGUAGAAAAAGCUUUAGAAGCCCUCUCUGGUUUACAUGGUAAUAUGGCAGCUGCACAAGUGCAUGUAGAGGAAGUAAGAGUUUGUCCAGAGAGAAAUCCUCAACUUGUGAAAGUCCCAAUCAGAACAGUCCCCCAGAACCCACCUAAAGUCAGCACAGCUGUACCGGCUACACCAGAGCUGUUUCCAAUCUGGGUUGGGGAUCUAGUGCCUGCUAUAUCAGAAUUAAAACUCCAUGAGCUCUUCAGCAGAUUUGGGCCAGUCCAUAGUAUAAAAUUAUUAUCAGCAAGACGCUGUGCUUUUGUCAACUACACCAACAAAGAUGACUGUGAGGAAGCCAUCCAAGAAAUGCAUGGCUUUUGUAUAGCUGGGACUUGUCUUGUAGUUCGUUACCCUGACAGAAUCCAUACACAUCUUGGUGUAUCCAAAGCUGCAGCAACAGAUGCUGGAAAAGUAAAUAAGUUUCCUGAUGAGUGCUUUUUCUGGAGGACGACAGGCUGUAUCAAGAAUAAUCGGUGCUCCUACAGACAUGUACCAGAACACAAGGGCAUUGAUCGGCCAAAAUUUAAGUGAUAGGAAGACAUUCAAGUGAAAGAAGGCUAGCAGGAAGUUUGACAUUAAUCCAAAUGUUUUAUAUUACAUUUAUUAAUGACCACUUUUACCUAAACAAAUAACCAAAUAAGUGGCAGUAUAUACAAAGUUAUAAUCACUGUAACAGAAAAUUAACUGGCUGAAAUCAAGUUGUUCAUUGUAGUUAAAAUUUACUUUUAUGUAAAAUUUACUUUUAUGUCUAAAACCAGAAAGUAUUGGGACUUGGUUGAUCCUGAGGAGAAAGUUUUAUCUGUUUUCCCAGCACAUCUAAAAGUAUUUUAUUUACUUGAUUAGUAGAACCUGCAGGAGGCUCAUUACUACUCUUAUUGACAAUAGCCUUUUUUUUUUAUAAAGUGUAAUAAACAUUACAAAGUG